UUUUCAGAAUGCAUCUAAAUUUAGCACAUUUCAGCAUAAUAAACAGUGGAGAAAAUGAAAUUUGAUUGUACUGAGAGGAUAGAUUAUUUACAUAAUAUCUGUCAAAAUUGAAUGCAAAUUUUAAGCAGUAUUUGUAUAAAUUAUACUUUUUUAUUUUGUGUAAGCAUAGUUCUGUCAUAUAUUUCACUACUGAAGAAAAUUUAACUGCCAUAGUCAGUAUGGAUACUCCCUCGUUAUCUCAUCUGUCUGUGAAAGAUUAUGCCCAGAUCUAUGAACCAGCAGAAGACAGUUUCCUGCUCAUUGAUGCACUGGAGCAAGACUUGAUAUUUCUUCAAAAGAUGAAGCCGUCUGUGUGUGUUGAGAUAGGGAGUGGGUCCGGAGUUGUUAUUACCGCAGUAGCUAAGGCUCUGGGUACAAACAGCCAUUGUAUUGCCAUAGACAUUAAUCCAGUUGCGUGCGGGGUGACACAAAGAACAGCACAAUUGAACCACACUGAAGUGGAAGUUGUUACUAUGGAUUUGAUGUCAGGAUUCCACUGGGACAACAGAAUUGAUGUGUUGAUCUUUAAUCCACCCUAUGUAGUAACUCCAUCUGAAGAGAUUUUGGAGAACAAAGUAUAUGGAGACAUUACAAGAGCUUGGGCUGGUGGGGAGAGAGGACGAGAAGUUAUGGAUCGACUAUUUCCGAUGGUUCCAAAUCUUCUGAGUCUCUAUGGUGCCUUCUAUCUGGUUGUAAUUUCAGAAAAUUGCCCUGAUGAUAUAAAACGUGUUAUGGAUGAACUGGGUUUUGAUAUGAACAUUGUUAAGGAGCGUAAGGUUCUUUAUGAACGUCAUCUAUUGAAGAAGAUGAAGCAUUUCUGAACUGCUGGGAUAUCUUGGACAUUAAUAACAGAGAGUUACGAGUGAAGAAAAUAGGGCUGCAGUGACAGUGUACAGUGAUCACCUAGCAGAUCAAAGCAUGGUAAAGUCAGAGCAUCACUGCGCAGUCUCCACCCAAGACCAACUGCUUAGGAUUUUUAGGAUAAUAAAUGACCUUUCACAUUUAACAUGGAGGCAUCACAAUUUCCAUGAAAGUCUGCUGUGAAGGAGAAGGCCUAGAAACUUGAUGGGGCAAAUGGCAGGGCUCUGUUGAGUGCAGAACCUGUAAUUGUGUGAAUGGUACACACUGGAUCUUCAUUGCAGAGUGGAUACAAAACCAUAUCCAUGUGAUAACCACUACUUAAUGUCCUGUAUGGCACUAUUUGGUGAGGAAUUAAACAAACUAAACACAUGCUCAUGAAGCAUGAAUCAUUUCAGCAGCAUUUACUGACCGCCUUCAGCUCAAGUCAUUCUAAGCUCAUAUCAAGGCUGGUACUACUCAGCCAACAGCAGGAUGUCCUUGGCCACUAGGCAGGAAGUGACAGAAGCAUUCGUGUGCUUUGGAAAAUGCAACGCACAUUUGAAUUCAUGGAAGUGGUGUAUGUACACAGCAAUAUAUGUAAUGUUAGUCAAAACUGUGAAUAAAAGUACAAGUUUUCAUAACAAACAUUAAACUUAGAAUUUCACAUUUGAACUCAGAGCACCUUGAUGAAACUGAUGUAUGUUACAGUACCUUUAAGUAUCUGGGUAUCCAGAUCAUGAAUGCCACCAGCAUCUUUCCCAAGGAGGGACAGCCAGAAAGCUUGCUUACGAACUUGCAGUUGUCAUUCAUUAUUAUUUUUAGACUGCUCCAGAGCUAUGGGGCUCUAUAUUGAAACAAAGAUGGUACCACAUGUAAAAAUAACUUAAUUUUUGGAAUUUACAUUUGAUAUUGUAAUGUGAAUACCCAUUGCUAUGUAACAGCUAGGUAAAUAUGUUCUCACAGCAGCAAAUGUUAAGAAAGGUAUUCCUGUGACAAUAAAACAAUAGAGGAAUUGCUAGGAGAUGAUGUUCUCAGUGUGUUUUCUGUGCAUGGUUCAUGCUGAAGGUUUACAGAGGACAACAAAGGACAUACGAGUAUGCAGUCAGUCAUAAAAUGAGAAGCAGACUGAAGAGAGGCCUCAGCAGUCAAGCUGAGUGUGAGCUGUAAUAAUUGAUUGUAACGGUAAAAAAGUGCCAAUAAACCCAAUAAUCAAAUCAGGAAAUAUGUGUAACGUUUUAUGUACUACCUGUACCAUCCCAUCCUUGUGUAUCUUAUCUUCUUCCCCCUUUUCUCCCCCUUAGCCCUCCUCCCUUCACUUUGCCCCACAUGCCUGUUGUCCAGGGAUUCAGAUCCUACUAGCAGUUGGACACAUCUUUCCUGGUUCCUAAACUUCACUUGUUCUUGUUUGGCUUUGGAAUUGCUUCUGGGUGAAUGAGACACCCUCUUCUAUUCUUAGGAUCUCCUGCCCACUUUUCCAGUUAUCAUCAUUGUUUGUGUUGUUAUUUAGAUGCCCAGCCAUUGACGUAACUUCAGUCUUUCCAAGUUGUGCUCUUGACCUGACCACCUAGCCAUUCCAUGCUCUUGCACUGCCCCUUGCCCUUGAACUACCGUUGCCAUGCCCCACUUUACUGUGCCCUUAGCAAUACCUCAACCCUCCCAUGCUGUGUCCAUGGCCUAAUGACCCAACCAAACCUUGACUUGCUCUUGCACUAUUCUUGCCCUGACCUGCCUUUGUUGUGACCUUGAUUAGCCCUUGCCAUGCCCUGCAGUUUCUGUGUGCUUUCUGGGCCCUUACACUGCCUUAGCCAGGUCCUUGCAGUGCCCUUGCUGUGCUGUGGUGUACAAGAAAUUGCAAGUUCCAUUAGUAAAGGCAUCUGUACUUCUAGAAUGAGCCACUCAGUAUUGCAGGGUUGGCAGUUGCAUUUGUGGAAGUAACAGUUCAUUAUACAGAAAUAAGGGAUUUUUAAUCAAGUGUUGUAUCGUCACCUCCAUUUUAACUCUGCUAUAAUCGUUAGUUUAAACACAGAACUGGACCAAAUGAAUGUAACAAUGGAAUGAUGUAACACAUGACAAAAAAGGGUUGAUUAAUGUAAUUGUUGUCCCCAAUUUCCAGUAUUGCCAUGGCACCUUGAGUACUUAAUUUGCAUAGCAAAUAUUUUUAAAACCCAUAAUGUCACUCGUAUUUGUCACUGUGCCAAGAAAUUCACACAUCAUAUGUACAUCAGCUCAUUAGAAUUGUUUUAAGUGGAGGUGAGGAGCCACAAACUUUGCCUACAAAUUUAAUAUUUAAACCAUUUGAGAAUAUUUGUCCACAUCGCCCUAAGGUUGUGGCACUCUAUAUUAAAAGAAAGAUGAUGUCACUCUUAAAAAUAAUUUAAUUUUCUGCUGAUAAAUUGCUUGUUACUUUUUAAAGUCUGGAUUAGGGUGAAGAUGGACAGGACGAAGAACUAGAAUAUGUAUUUGAUGAAUUUCCUUAAUAACAUGACAAUUUUGUUACAUGCCAAUGCCAAAAUAGGUACAGAAGAUAUUUUCAAGGAAACAUUUUGGAAUGAGAGUUUACACGAAAUUAGUAAUGAUAAUGGAGCUAGAGAAGUAAACUUUGCCACAUCAAAAAAUAUUGUCAAAAGUACGAUAUUCCCACAUUGUACUUUCAUGAAUGUACUUGGACAUCUCCUGAUGGAAAGAUGCACACUCAAAUAGACAAUAUUUUAAUGGGUAUGAGAUGGCAUUCAAGUAUACAUGAUGUCUGAUCUUUCAGGGCAGCAGAUUGUGAUACUGACCACCACCUGGUGUU